AUGGCAAAUAACAGAGAGCUCGAGUGGGGUUGGAUCCUGAACUCUUUGAAGCACUGCACCACGAGAGACUAUGAAGAAGACAGAAUAUAUCUCGAGUAUUGGCACGACGAGACUACACAACCAGCACAGCCUAUACGACAAUCUCGACCACCCCUCCCUCAACGCAGCCAACGACUACAGCCAAAAUAUGGCCGCGAAAGGAGGUGGAGGAAGUUGCUUAUUCGUCGGGCUCGAAGAUCAGGAUAUUUUUGCGACAAAAGUUUGGUCAUUCCGACGAAGUCCUGUUCAAUGUAUUGCUGUUGUCGCAUGCUUUCUGGGAAUGCGCCCCUUAUGUCUGGUUCGGCUGGAAGUGCUCAGAUCUUUACGUCGCUCCCAACAUGGGCGAAUCAAUCCUCCAAAAGCGAGUUGGUCGCAUCGAGAGAUCCUAGUUUGCAAUGGAAUGACCUUGAAACUAUACCUUUCUCUACGAACACUCCACCGUCGCCUUUCAAUUCAAUUGAGAGCCAGCUGGAUGGCUCAUCAGAUCUACCACUACAACACGAAGGAGCGAGCUCAACUACCUCUAUGGCGACAAUUGGUGUAAGGAGAAAGGGUCAUAAGCCGUUGCAGACAACUAUGAAAGGCUUUAUCCCCAAGUCUUCUCCAGGACAACGUCGGAAAUCCAAGAUAAACCUCGUAGAGUUACGCAGCGAACGGCUUUUGGACCUGAGGAAUCCACAUUUGGAACUUUCUCCUGUGGGGUGGAGCGUGAAGUCUACCAAGGGCGAUUCCACUAAGGGUUCUGUUCAAAGCGUCGAAACGCUUGGCAACAUCAGCUUAUCUACUGGGACAGUGCCAACUACAACAACCCCAAAUCUGCCAGCUCAGUCGCGAUCGCACCCGCUUCUAGAAAAAUGCGAAAUGUUUGACACUGUUUCUGAACAGUUUUUGACGAACACGAACCCGAUACUGGCUGCGGCUGAUGAUGAAUGCCAUGAUCCAUGUUUCACUACAUUGUUGACCAACGAUACUACUCAAAUAUCCAAGAAUUCGGAUCUGGAAAAUGUUUCAUCCAAUGCCAAAGCACCACAGUCAAAUGGAAUGUCAGUGAGCGAGAUAUCUUCCCGACUCUCGUUUGAAUCUGGCUUACACUCCAAUCCAAAUACAGAGCAGACUUUAUGCGCUUCGGUAAUCCAAGAGUCAAACCUCAACCCCUCCAGUAAAAUACCCCUCUGUGGCGCUCAACAUGGUCAGUCUUGGUCCAAACUAUCUCCAGAACAUAGGGGGGAAACUUUCCCCAUUAAAUCAGUCAACGAGUAUCAUCUUCAAGAAAUUCCUAUCUUUAGAAUUGCUCAACGAAUCGAAAGAGAUCCCCCAGCUUUAAUUUGGCCGAAAAACAGGCGUGAUGGAUAUUGGGAGUGGGAUGUGAGUAAGUUACGUGGAACUUGCACCUGUACAGAACAAUUGAUGUUGGAACGAACCAGACAUCUUUUCAUCUGGCUCGCCGCUAAGUUCCUUGAAUAUGCUAGAAGUGAUGAGCCGCCUAGAUGCGAAGAGUGCGACAUCUGGUUCAACAUACAAGAUUGUAGGCUGAUAUCGCAGAUUGACGACAUCCGUUUAACAUCAUAUGGCUGUCGGUUAACUCCAGGCUGCUUAGCAGCAGCAACAUAUACAAUUCGUAAGCAUAGACCAAAAGUGUUCAGAAUCACCGUCGAAUUACCGAUCGAUCUAAAACUGAAGAUCAUUACCAGGAGCGAGGUCAGCGAAAUGGUUCACUGUUUCAAGACUCUCGAAGACAUGUUGCCACGAAGCGAGAGAUUAAGAGUAAUUGGCCUUGAGAAUCACUGUAGACUCGCAAGUAGAUGGUUAUCGCGUCAACGUGGAAACCGUGUUGGCUAUUUCUCUUCUCCAAGGGAUACUGCUCCGAUACAUGGUUAUAUACGGGACUUUCGGUUUAGUAGCUCGAUGGAUCAUAUUGUAAGCAACCACAAUACUUUGGUUUCUGAUAACACUCUUGUAUAUCGAGCGAAGAGUCUUCCCCAUAUUCGGGGGAAUCAGAAAUAA